AUGAUGCGCCGCCUGUUGCCGUGGCGCAGUGUAACGCGACACACACACCAUAGUGAGACUACUGCUGCGGCAGUGCUAGCGGUGAGUUCCCGAUGGGCGUCGACGGCUCCGCCUCUCUCGCUGCUUUCUUGGUCCGUUGACGGUGCGGGCCACACACAUCACCGCUGUCGCCGUCGCCUCUCGCUCCACGAACGCAUUCCGUUGCUCUGCAGCACCAUCAAGGAGGCGGCGCCGGACGUCGUGGCGCUGCAAGAUUCCCUGCCAGAGGUGGCAGAGGCGCUCUGCAGUUUUUGCCCCUCCCACAGCAGUAACGGGAGUGGCACGCCGUGUAAGAUCCGCCCAGCGGCGGACACCGCGACGGAGGUUGCUGUAAAAGGGCCUCAAUAUGAGUUGAUUGGGUCGGUGCGCAACGGCCGCUGUGGCUAUCUGCAGCUCUUUCGGCGCUGUGACUCCGCGUGGAGCGGGCGUCUUCUCCCGCACUGCCCUUGCCUCACCGCUGAGUUCGUCUCGGACGUCCGUGACGGCAACAACACGGCAACAGCGAGGACAAGUAGUGGUGGUGGUGGUGGUGGUGGGGCCAGCUUUGUGCUGAGCAACGUGGACCUUUCUUACCGCGGCAAGAGUCUGGCAGUGGGGGGCAAAUCGAUGGCUUCGCCAGCGGUGAGUGCAAACGGCAGUCCAUUCACACUGCGUGUCGGCCCGGGCGAGGCUACAGCGGCGGCAGCAGCGACGCGUGUGAAAGGCCAGCUGGACCCGCAUCGCGAGGCGGCGCUCACGUUUGUCUCGCACGUCGCACGCCCUGACGUGCUGAUCGGCAACUUCUUCAUGGGGCGAACGGACUGCGUGCCGGGCUACGACGACGCGUGGGUGCUCGCGGGGGCGCCGGCGGAGCAUGAGCGCACCACCAACACAUUCGCCCACCACAAACACGAUGCGGAGACGAACUUCUUCUACUUUGUGCCGCGAGACACCAGAAAUGAGGUGGGCUCAUUGGUAAACAGCAGCACCGCGGCAGAGGUUGCGGCAGACGCGCUAUUGGGCGCACGAGUUCCUCUCAACGCACGCCGUCACGACGGCGACGCAGGAUGGAGUGUCGCCCACGCUGUUACAGCCACGCCUUCACCGAAGAAGGACAAGGCGGGGGAAGAGGGCGCGACGUCAGAGCAAGAAGGGACGACGCCACAGGUUGCGGGGCGGUUUCAUCGCUGCUUCUUCCGCCACCAGUCGUCACGGCACCACAAGCGGCAGCUUCCACUCUUUCGCCGGUAUGAGCGGCGACAGCUGGUGGUGUUGAAGCCCUUCACGGAGGUGCCCCUGACAGCGGAGGAGGCCAAGUCUCACAGCCUGAACAACAAGAGUGACAACAGCAGCGAAGGCCGCGUGCGCUGCUCUGCCUCGGAUUCGUACCCCAUUUUGGUCCUUUUGUCAUGA